GGCACCACCAGCUUCUGCCACACCUCCCUCGCAGCCAGCGCACACUGAUGGCCUCCUGGUCUCAGCUCCUCGGGAGAACACUAACACAAGUAUCAAACUUGCCCUGUAGCAACAGAUACAGAUUAUUUCUGAAAAGUAGCUUAGUUAAGGCAGAUCAAGUUUCACUGUUGUUUAAAGCUCCCCUGCUUUCAGAAAGUCUGAUUUCCUCUCAGUGACAUUAGUAAACUCCCCACUUCCUCCCAGCAAAACAUCUAUAUUUAAUUGCGUCCUGUUCCAUUCUCUAUCCUCCUAUAAUGGCAAAACCAAUUUUAGGUAAAUGUACAGACCUUACGUGUAAUUAAUUAACAAACAUUACCAGCUGUUGCUAUUUUAGUCACAGCUCUAACAUUUAUUUGAUAAAGACGUUAAUUGAAUGCUGAGGUCUGAGAAGCCUGUCCUACAGAGGGCAGGUAGGAGGCUGGCCAUGGCUCCUCUGGGGUGAACAGCCUGCCUGGUGUCAGGGAUGUCUGGCCACCUACUCCAGUGAUGUAUGUCCAUGGUGUGAUCUGUGAGCACAGCUUAAUAUUUUCCAGGUAACAUAAGUUCUCAGCUCUAAUUUAGCUGUGUAUUGCAAACCUAUACACUAAAAUGAGCAUAUACAAAAAGCUGAAACCAGGACUUGAACUUUCAUUGUUUUAUGUGUUUGCAUUUCUGCUUAGCUUGUUCUCAAGGUAUUACCACUUUGUAUGUUGCUACUUCUGAUUUCUUCUAUUUUACAGUGUUUUUCCCCAGCAGGUGGCCACACUUUCUAACUGAAAGAAUCCCUUCAGCUUUGCUGGAGUGGGUUGCAUUAAAGGUGGAAAAAUAGUGCCUGGCAAUGUGAAAGCAAUACCUACUGCAGAAACAAGUAGAGAAGUCCCCAGCUUUUUCUGUUUUGUCCCUGUGUUUUUAAACAGAGAAUGAGGAUCCCUACGAAUCAACUUGAAACUUACUAGCAAUAUCUGUCCUUCUUGGAACUAUCUUCAACACAACUCUUAGAAGCAGAUCCUGAACCUCUUUAGACUGCAAAUCUGCUUUUAAAACUGUUCUCCAUUGGUAGUUUAUUUGUGAAAGAGGGUGAUGCCUCACCAGCUGCUUUCUGUACAGGUGCCAAAGAAAACAGGAAAACGUUUUUAUCUACAGGAGCUACUUCUAUCAUAAAUUAUUACAGGGGGGUCCAUAAACCUUGCUAGAAAACAGGUUACUAGACAGACAGAGAUUAAUAUUUCCCUUUCACCUGCAUUAUAAAAUAUUAAGCUGAAAAAGGUACAUACAUAUUUUCAUUGCCUGUCAGGAAAAAAAAAAAAAAAAAGAAAAAGAAAAAGAAAAGUAAUAUUCUUCAAAAUGUCAAUCUUGGGGUCACAGAAAUGAAAUUAAUAUAGUACUGGAUGAAUUUGGAGAGAUUUUGCCUUUAUAUGAAUUGCCUUAAAGGUAAAUAGGAUUCACCCUAUUAGAAAACAGGCUAAGUGCAUUCUCAGCAUUUUAUGGGUAGAUACACAAUAGGAGAAAGAGGCAAAACGUCACUUUUUUAUUAACCUAUUCUCAAGGUAUUUUCCUAAAUCCACAGAGCAGAUACAAAAUGUGAACUCAAAGUUAAAUGUAUCCAACACAAGAGCUGUCCCUUCUCCCUAUAAUUCAUCUUACUUUAGGAAUCAAUGUCAUAUUCAUACUUAGAUAGAUUGAAAGUUAAUUAGUGUGUAGGUUGAAAGUUUGCAGGGUAGGAAAGAUGUAUAAAUUUUAAGAAUAAGCUAAUGAAUUAACAACAAAAAAAACCCCUCCAUUUUAGGAAAAAAAAAAAUUCUUCAGUCAAAUUGACUCAAAAUGACUUUGUCAUCUCCUAGAUUAAAAAUAAUACAAGCUCUAGAGAAUUCUGUUUUGGAAGAAAUCGAAAAAUAUAUUCCUUUCUACAGUAGCACUAUUCUUUUUGAUAAAUAGUGCUUGUCAUCUGAAAGUUUCUAUUAUGCACUGACAUCCAAUACCCACAGUACCAUGCCCUUUUUCUGUCUCCAACAGACUAAAACUGAGGAAUGGAAAACACCUAAAAUCUUAAUUUCACUUUCUUUAUGAAGCACAAUGAUCCCACGUUCUACAACAGUUCUCAAUCUACGGUCUUAGUACUUAGCUUUCCCUAACUUUGUAAGUGUCUGAAGGCCAGAGAACUUCAUGUAAAAUGCUUCAAGUUUUGUGAAACUCUUGGUGGACAUUAGCUAUGCUAAUAUUCUUUACUACUGCCAUUGCUUGGUUACAUUUUUUUUUAAAUUAAGCCAUUUACAGAUAGAAAAUUACUACUUUCUGUGUGCUGUAUAUAUUCCAUACACUACACUAUGACCAAAACAAUGGAUGUAAAGAAAAUGUACCCAAAGAGAAGAAAGGCAGAAGAGAGGAUAUUGGAACACGUGGAUAUAUAGGAGGAGGAAAAAAAACCAAACCAAAACAAACAAACAAACAAACAAAAAACUAAGGAAGUGAAACCAGGAUGAAAAAUCUAACAAUAAAUAGAUGAUGUACAUCCUCUGAAGUCAACUUCUACUUGUUAUUACCUAUCUAUAUUUAAACAUUAAAAGCAUGAAUAGAGCACACUGUUAAACUCCACUGAGAAAUGAGAUCAUGACCUAUCGACAUGAUUUAUUUAUUUAUUUAUUUUUGUUUACACAAUCCAAUGCAAAGUCCCACCUUUCAUAUUUUAACAAUAACAUAUCGAAACAAAUAGGUAAACAUGAUCACUGAAAUGGCUAGCCUGACCAUUUCAGACCUGUUCUUAAAUUGCUGUUUAGUUCAGCCUACAGUAGAAGAAACUCAUCUUCACCCAUUAACAUUCAUGGGUUCAUUAACUCCAAAACAUGGUAAUGAAAAUUCAUUUAAUUACUGCUCCAUGCUCUCUAUUUCAUACAUUCACAGUGAAUCUUUGCUUAUGUCAGCUUCAACCAGCUGUGAAUGACUUGGGGUUUCACAAAGCAAGAGAGAGAGACUGCAGGUCUGUGUUGCAGCCAUAGACAGUGGGAACCUCAUGCACAUAACAUAUGCUUUCUAGGAGCACACCAGUAUCACAUGUAGUUCUACUGUUGUACACAGAAUGCUCUGAAAGUAAUGCCUCUUAUUUCCGUGCAAACUACAGCAGAUACUACAAAGAGUAUAACAACACUGUUUGAUAGAGCAAAUUCUCAGCUACAAGACACUAUUUUUCAACAUAGUCAUCACCAUUAGCUAUGCAUAUUUGCCAGCAAUGAACAAGAACCUGCAUGCUGUGCUUGUAAAAAUCUGCAGCAGUAGAGGUGACCCAUUGUCACCACUGCUGAAACAUAUCACCCACUGCCUCGCUGUGCUCUCACCCACUGCUUACGUUGAUGAACGUCAGUUCAUUUUUACAUCAAAUGGUACGUCAGAUACCAUUUUUUUUCUGCAUAGAGGCUUUCAAUUACAAAUCUUUGCUUCACAUGCAUUUCCAUGUCAGACACCAAAUUGUCAGAUUGUGCCUCUGCUGCCAUCAGUCACAUGACAACAAAAUGAAGCAGGAUAUUGGUGGGAAGGUUCAGUCUUUACUGCCAUACCACCAACAUCCUCCUGUGACAUCAUGGGCCAACAUAACAAACUAGGAAGCAUUACUUUUGGUGUACCUUAGUAUAUUUUUCCUCCAAAACUGUUCAUUUCUGUACUGGCUCUGGCUAGGAUGAAAACAACUCUUUCUCACGUGUUCCAACUAAAGCAUAGUUUGAGAGGAAAACACCACUUAAUUUUGAUUCAGUAUGUCCAGUGAUGGAUUUUCUAAACAACCUUCAUGAAAUUGUACAAAUGAUUAAACAUCAUGAAUUAUGAACUUGUAUAAUUUCCUGUAUGCUUUGCUUUUGAUUUCUUUCAAAUGCCAACUACAAAACCUUGAUGCAUCUGCUAGAUUGAAGAAAUAUUUACUGUCACCCUUUUGUUUCCUAAACAGCUCACUUCUUAGUCCCACACGUGGGACCAAGUGAUUGAUACGGUCACUUGUGAGGUUCAGCACAUCUUCACCUCUUCCUCUAUGAGACAAGUUUUCAAGCCUUUACAGCCAUUCUUACAGGUCUCCCCUGAAGCUCCCUCUAAUCUUUCAACAUUCUUCCUUAGUCUCCCCAAGGCAGUAGUCAUGACCCAAGCCUGCUGGUGUUCAUGGAGUGUUUGGACAAAGCUCUCAGGCACAGAGUUUGAAUUUUGGGUGGUCCUGUGUGGAGGCAGGAGUUUAACUUGAUGAUCCACAGUGAUCCCUUCCAAUUCAGGACAUUCUGCAAUUCCAUACACAUCAAAAAGUUAUGCAGGAUUGUGAGAGCUUCAAACACACUAGUAACACAAAACAUCAACGAUGGAUGCCUAACAGCCUCUUGAACAAGAUGUAUCACUCAGUGUCUACAUGUAUUACUAGCAAUCAAGGCUUAUUCUGCCUUCACAUCCUGCCAUCUUCAGUGUCAGCACUCUCACAAUACUAAGCCCCACUCUAAUUUAAAAUAUAUGUGGCUCCUAGAGGAGAGGAAGAAGAUGCCUGCUCGAUGCGAAAGCCUAUCUCCUGAGAAGGAACAGGAGGCAUCAGCACCCAAACACCCUCAGCGCUUUCAUUAAGGAGGGGGAAAAAAAAUGGAGGAGGAAGAAAAGGGAGCAAUGGGUCACGUGACUUGCAGGCGAUCCGGAAGCGUGCGCCGCGUGCGGGCCGUGACGUGGCGACAGUACCGGAAGUUGUUAACAGCAGAAGCCACUGAGUUCUGAAUCCUGGAACUUGCUUUCAAGAACUUGAAACAAAGGACUUCUUUCUAAUUUGGGCAUGGCUAAUCGUGGAGCAACAAGACCCAACGGGCCAAAUGCUGGAAAUAAAAUUUGCCAAUUCAAAUUAGUACUUCUAGGAGAGUCUGCAGUUGGUAAAUCAAGUUUGGUGCUUCGUUUUGUAAAAGGACAGUUUCAUGAGUUUCAAGAAAGUACAAUUGGAGCUGCUUUUCUAACCCAAACUGUGUGUCUUGACGAUACAACGGUAAAAUUUGAAAUUUGGGAUACAGCUGGGCAAGAGCGGUAUCACAGUUUAGCACCUAUGUACUACAGAGGAGCGCAAGCAGCUAUAGUUGUAUACGACAUUACAAAUGAGGAGUCCUUUGCCAGAGCAAAAAACUGGGUCAAAGAACUUCAGCGUCAAGCAAGUCCUAACAUUGUAAUAGCUUUAGCAGGAAACAAAGCUGAUCUAGCUAACAAAAGAGCUGUGGAUUUCCAGGAAGCACAAGCUUAUGCAGAUGACAACAGUUUAUUGUUCAUGGAGACAUCUGCCAAAACAUCGAUGAACGUAAAUGAAAUAUUUAUGGCAAUUGCAAAAAAAUUGCCAAAGAAUGAACCACAGAAUACAGGAGCCAGCUCUGCCAGAGGAAGAGGAGUAGACCUUACUGAACCCACACAACCACCCAAGAGUCAAUGUUGUAGUAACUAAAACAUCAAUUGCUUUAAACUGUUCUGAAUAUUCUUCUGCUUCCUAACUGUUAAUAACCAUGGAAUUGGAGUGCUUAACCUGGCCCAGUACAGCUUCCAAACAGCGAAGAGACUUACAAUAAUAGUCAAGUUUAUGAUACAGAAUUUCCUUUUGACCUAAAAUUUUAACGUGCAUGUAUCCACCGCUGUCUGUAAUGUUUCAGCAUAGAGGAGUGAUGGAAGCGGAAUAAACUUCCUUCAGUUGAAAGGUUUUAAAAAUCGCUUUCCAUUAGGGAUAUAGAAGACCUACUUUCCAUGGACCUAAUUGGCCAGUUCCUGUUGCUUCAAUACUGAUUACUGUUACAAUGAAUAGAAUUUGAACUUUUCAUAAUUCUCAGUUGUGCUUUAAGAAUUUUAGAAACAGGGUCUAAAAAUUAAACUCAUUCACAGUAUUGAUGCAACCAGUUGUUUCUGCAGGUAUCUACUGUUUAGUUAUACAUUCCAUAGUUUAAUAACUUAAUCUCAAAUACUACUUGCAUUAACAAUUUUAAGAUCCCUAUGCUUGCAGGAAAGUGGAUUUUUAGUUGGUACACUGUAUGUAAAUUAUAUCAACCCAAUUAGUUGUCUAAAGAGAAUAGGAUAAAUCAAGUUUAACUUCAUUUCUAAUCUGUUCAGAAGGUACAAACCAGUAAAUUCAUCUUUACAAUAUAGGAUAUUUUUCCUUUACAAACUGUAAGAGCUCUUCAAGUAAAACCACAACAAACUUGG